UAUCUCGCGAGAGCGCGCCGCCGCCGCCGGACCUUCCCUUGCAUAUUCUCGGCGGGGUCUUCUCACCCCUCCAUCUCCACACACUCACAGUCACACACAGGGAGACAGACCUUCCCAGUUCUCGCGUGGUUUCCCGACGCCUUCCCCAUAGCCGGCGGCCCUAAAAUAGUCUGACAUAAGUGGAUUAGAUUGACUGAGAAACUAGGUGUUACCUUGGCUGACUAGGGUGCGGCAGAGGUGCCAGAAAAGUGACUUGGAUAGCAGACCAGGCCAAGUAUGGAUUGGCUGUGAUUCCAGUAGGAUCAGGAAGUGGAAAAGUUAUAAAAAUGAAAGUGGACCGAACUAAGCUGAAGAAAACGCCUACUGAGGCUCCUGCAGAUUGCAGAGCUUUGAUAGACAAACUCAAAGUUUGCAAUGAUGAACAGCUGCUGUUGGAACUCCAACAGAUCAAAACAUGGAAUAUUGGAAAGUGUGAACUUUACCAUUGGGUGGACCUGCUAGACAGAUUUGAUGGCAUCCUGGCAGAUGCUGGGCAAACUGUGGAGAACAUGUCUUGGAUGCUGGUGUGUGACCGGCCAGAGAGAGAACAGCUGAAAUCUCUGCUGCUUUCAGUGCUGAACUUCACUGCCCUGCUCAUAGAAUACAGUUUUUCUCGUCACUUGUACAGCUCUAUUGAGCACUUGACAACGCUAUUGGCAUCCUCUGAUAUGCAAGUGGUGCUUGCAGUGCUAAACCUUCUGUAUGUGUUUAGUAAACGUUCCAAUUACAUCACCCGCCUGGGCUCUGACAAAAGGAUGCCUCUUCUGUCUCGGCUGCAGCAUUUGGCAGAGAGCUGGGGUGGCAAGGAGAAUGGCUUUGGUCUUGCAGAAUGUUGUAGAGAUUUGCACAUGCUGAAAUACCCUCCCAGUGCAACUACACUACACUUUGAAUUCUAUGCAGAGCCAGGGGCCGAGGUCAAAGUGGACAAAAGGACUACCAGCAACACACUACAUUAUAUCCACAUAGAACAACUUGACAAGAUUUCAGAAAGCCCCUCUGAAAUUAUGGAAUCCCUCACCAAAAUGUACAGUAUCCCAAAGGAUAAACAGAUGCUGCUGUUUACACACAUUCGCCUGGCCCAUGGUUUUUCCAAUCAUAAAAAACGAUUGCAAGCUGUUCAGGCCAGACUGCAUGCCAUUUCUAUAUUAGUAUAUUCAAAUGCCUUGCAGGAAUCUGCCAACAGCAUACUGUACAAUGGGUUGAUAGAGGAGCUAGUGGAUGUACUGCAAAUAACAGAUAAACAAUUAAUGGAUAUUAAAGCUGCCUCUUUGAGGACGUUGACUUCAAUUGUGCACUUGGAGCGGACUCCAAAACUCAGCAGUAUUAUUGACUGCACGGGAACUGCCUCCUACCAUGGAUUUUUGCCAGUCUUGGUCCGGAACUGUAUACAGGCCAUGAUUGAUCCCUCAAUGGAGCCAUAUCCUCACCAGUUUGCCACAGCACUCUUCUCCUUCUUGUAUCAUUUGGCGAGCUAUGAUGCAGGAGGUGAAGCUUUAGUCUCCUGUGGCAUGAUGGAAGCCUUACUGAAGGUGAUCAAGUUCUUGGGAGAUGAACAGGAUCAGAUCACUUUUGUGACCCGAGCUGUACGCGUGGUAGACUUAAUCACAAAUCUAGAUAUGGCAGCCUUUCAGUCUCAUAGUGGCCUCUCUAUCUUCAUCUACAGACUAGAGCAUGAGGCAGACCUGUGCCGGAGGGAAUGUCCAUUUGUAAUAAAGCCAAAGAUACAGAGACCUGCUGCUACUACUACACAAGAAGGUGAAGAGAUGGAGACAGACAUAGAAGUUUCAGAUGUAGCCAUGGAAAGCAGCCCCGGUCCUUCCACCUCUGGAGAGCAACGACAGGAAGUUGUAGUUGAAACAAGGGCCCCAAGUGCCACCACUCCAAGUAGUAGUAACAGCAGCAGCGCUAGCAGCAACAGCAGCAGUAGCAGCAGCAGCACAAAUACAGUAGUCUCUCCCCGAAGUGGAGUUCAGUGCAUCCCUCAGCGAGCAGCACUUCUGAAAUCUAUGUUGAAUUUCCUGAAAAAGGCCAUCCAGGACCCAGCUUUCUCAGAUGGCAUACGCCACGUGAUGGAUGGCUCUCUGCCUGCCUCCCUGAAGCACAUCAUCAGCAAUGCAGAAUAUUAUGGGCCAUCACUCUUCUUGCUUGCCACUGAAGUGGUAACAGUCUUUGUAUUCCAAGAGCCUUCACUGCUAUCCUCUUUACAGGAUAAUGGCCUAACAGAUGUCAUGUUGCAUGCUCUUCUUAUUAAAGAUGUUCCUGCCACACGGGAAGUCUUGGGUUCUCUUCCCAAUGUCUUUAGUGCCCUCUGUCUGAACGCUCGAGGCCUCCAAUCAUUUGUCCAAUGUCAGCCUUUUGAACGCCUCUUCAAAGUAUUGCUCUCGCCAGAUUACCUCCCUGCAAUGAGGAGGCGUCGUAGUUCCGAUCCGCUUGGGGACACCGCCUCCAAUCUUGGAAGUGCUGUGGAUGAGCUCAUGAGGCACCAGCCUACACUUAAGACAGAUGCUACCACAGCCAUAAUUAAGUUACUAGAAGAGAUCUGCAACCUAGGCCGAGACCCCAAGUACAUCUGCCAGAAGCCCUCUAUUCAAAAGGCUGAUGGAACAGCUACUGCUCCUCCGCCUCGCUCCACCCAUGCGGCUGAGGAGGCUUCCAGUGAGGAUGAAGAGGAGGAGGAAGUACAAGCCAUGCAGAGCUUCAAUGCAACACAGCAGAGUGAAGCGGAAUCCAGCCAGCAGGUGGUCGGGACAGAAGAACGGAUACCGAUCCCACUCAUGGACUACAUCCUUAACGUGAUGAAAUUUGUGGAAUCAAUCCUUAGCAACAAUACAACAGAUGACCAUUGUCAGGAGUUUGUGAAUCAGAAGGGCUUGCUGCCUCUAGUCACCAUCUUGGGCCUGCCCAAUCUGCCUAUAGAUUUCCCCACCUCAGCAGCAUGCCAAGCUGUGGCUGGAGUCUGCAAAUCCAUAUUGACACUCUCCCAUGAGCCAAAGGUUCUGCAGGAAGGGCUGCUUCAACUGGAUUCCAUCCUUUCUUCCCUGGAGCCUCUACACCGGCCUAUUGAGGCCCCUGGUGGUUCAGUCCUGCUACGAGAGUUGGCAUGUGCUGGCAAUGUGGCUGAUGCUACCCUCUCAGCUCAGGCCACGCCCUUGCUCCAUGCUCUGACUGCUGCUCAUGCUUAUAUCAUGAUGUUUGUGCACACCUGCCGGGUAGGACAAAGUGAAAUCAGAGCUAUCUCAGUAAACCAGUGGGGAUCACAGUUGGGCCUGAGUGUGCUGAGCAAGCUAAGCCAGCUGUAUUGUUCAUUGGUAUGGGAAAGUACUGUACUGCUGUCACUAUGCACACCAAACAGUUUGCCUUCAGGUUGUGAAUUUGGCCAGGCUGAUAUGCAGAAACUGGUGCCGAAAGAAGAGAAAGCAGCUCCCAAUGCUCCCCAGGGAGCCAAAAAAGCAGAUAGUGAACCAGAAGCUGUGGCAGCUGGGACCAUAGAGUCUUCUGCUCAAGGUCUGCUAGAAGGAAUUGGUCUAGAUGGUGAUACACUGGCACCAAUGGAAACAGAUGAGCCUAGUUCCUCUGACCCCAAGGGGAAGUCAAAGAUCACCCCAGCCAUGGCAGCCAGGAUCAAGCAGAUCAAGCCUCUCCUGUCAGCCUCCUCUAGGUUAGGCCGUGCCUUGGCUGAGCUGUUUGGGUUGCUGGUAAAGCUGUGUGUGGGUUCCCCGGUACGACAACGCCGGAGCCACCAUGCUGCCAGCACUACUACUGCUCCCACACCAGCUGCACGCUCAACAGCAUCAGCACUGACCAAGCUCCUCACAAAGGGACUUUCCUGGCAGCCCCCACCUUAUACACCCACACCCCGCUUCCGGUUGACUUUUUUCAUUUGUUCUGUGGGCUUCACCUCACCAAUGCUAUUUGAUGAGAGAAAAUACCCCUACCACCUCAUGCUACAAAAAUUCCUGUGCUCUGGUGGUCACAAUGCACUCUUUGAGACUUUCAACUGGGCCCUCUCUAUGGGUGGCAAAGUUCCUGUUGCUGAGGGAUUAGAACACCCAGACCUCCCUGAUGGCACAGGAGAGUUUCUGGAUGCUUGGCUUAUGUUGGUGGAGAAAAUGGUGAAUCCUACCACAGUGCUGGAGUCUCCCCAUUCCUUGCCAGCCAAGUUGCCAGGUGGACAGAAUUACUUGCAGUUCAGUGCCCUGCGCUUCCUUGUGGUAACUCAGAAGGCAGCCUUCACUUGCAUCAAGAACUUGUGGAACCGCAAGCCACUGAAGGUAUAUGGAGGACGCAUGGCAGAGUCCAUGUUGGCCAUCCUAUGCCACAUCCUGCGGGGAGAGCCAGUCAUUCGUGAGCGCCUUGGCAAAGAGAAAGAGGGAGCACGCAGUGAGGAAGAAGGAGGGCAGGAGGAGGGUGGUGCCCGAAGGGAACCACAGGUGAAUCAGCAGCAGCUACAGCAGCUGAUGGACAUGGGCUUUACAAGGGAGCAUGCCAUGGAGGCUUUGCUAAACACCAGUACCAUGGAACAAGCCACUGAGUACUUGCUGACACAUCCUCCACCACUUAUGGGUGGAGUUGUGAGGGAUCUAAGCAUGUCUGAAGAAGACCAGAUGAUGAGGGCCAUCGCUAUGUCACUGGGACAAGACAUCCCCAUGGACCAAAGGGCAGAAUCGCCAGAGGAAGCUGCUUGCCGAAAGGAGGAAGAAGAACGCAAAGCCAGGGAGAAACAGGAGGAAGAGGAAGCAAAGUGCCUUGAGAAGUUCCAAGAUGCAGAACCCCUGGAGCAAGAAGAACUGCACAGCUUUACAGAUACAAUGCUUCCUGGCUGCUUCCAUCUGCUGGAUGAGCUCCCAGACACGGUGUACCGUGUCUGUGAUCUCAUCAUGACUGCCAUCAAACGCAAUGGGGCCGACUACAGAGACAUGAUCCUCAAACAAGUGGUGAAUCAGGUGUGGGAAGCUGCUGAUGUCCUUAUUAAAGCUGCCCUGCCUCUUACUACAAGUGACACAAAGACUGUCUCAGAAUGGAUCAGCCAGAUGGCUACCCUGCCACAGGCCUCGAACCUGGCCACACGCAUCCUGCUCUUAACAUUACUUUUUGAGGAGUUGAAGUUGCCAUGUGCUCGAGUGGUAGAGUCAAGUGGCAUUCUCAAUGUGCUAAUCAAGCUCCUGGAAGUGGUGCAGCCUUGCUUGCAAGCUGCCAAAGAACAAAAAGAAGUACAGACACCAAAGUGGAUCACACCAGUCCUCUUGUUAAUUGACUUCUAUGAGAAGACAGCUAUCUCCUCCAAGAGGAGAGCCCAGAUGAACAAGUACCUCCAGGCCAAUGGCAAUAACUGGCGCUGGUUUGAUGAUCGCUCAGGCCGUUGGUGUAGCUACAGUGCAAGCAACAACAGCACUAUUGACACAGCGUGGAAAGCAGGAGAGACCAGUGUUCGCUUUACUGCUGGCCGUCGGCGCUACACUGUGCAGUUCACUACAAUGGUGCAGGUGAAUGAAGAGACUGGGAACAGACGUCCAGUAAUGCUAACCUUGCUCAGGGUUCCUCGCCUUAGCAAGAGUGUGAAGGAGGGCAACGGACAAGAGCUGGAGAGAACUUUAGAAGAAGGGAAGGAGGUGGAAAGCAAGCCUAAGGAGGAGAAGACGAAUGAUGUGCCUGCUGAGAGCCUUGCCACAGAGAAAGAAGCACCUGCAGAAGAUGCCAAACCAUCAGAGAUCCUCAUCCAGGGCCUGACAGAGGAGAUGGUGACUGUGUUGAUUCGGGCCUGUGUCAGCAUGUUGGGUGUGCCUGUGGAACCAGACACUCUGCACGCCACACUGCGCCUGUGUCUGCGCCUCACCCGCCACCACAAAUACGCCAUGAUGUUUGCUGAGCUCAAGAGUACACGCAUGAUCCUGGGCCUAACACAGAGCUCUGGCUUCAAUGGCUUCACACCUCUUGUCACCCUGCUUUUCCGGCAUAUCAUCGAGGACCCUUGCACACUGCAUCACACUAUGGAGAAGGUUGUGCGCUCAGCGGCCACCAGUGGAGCAGGCAGUACUACAUCAGGUGUGGUGUCAGGUAGUUUGGGCUCUCGGGAAAUCAACUACAUCUUGCGAGUUCUGGGCCCAGCUGCUUGCCGCAAUCCUGAGAUUUUCACUGAGGUGGCCAAUGGCUGCAUUCGCAUAGCCUUGCCUGCUCCCCGUGGUUCUGGUACUGCUCCCCAAGCCUCUGACGAUGAGUUUGAGAAUUUGCGGAUCAAGGGACCCAAUGCAGUGCAACUGGUGAAAACCACUCCAGUGAAACCUUCUCCACUGCCUGUCAUCCCUGACACUAUCAAGGAGGUGAUCUAUGACAUGCUGAAUGCUCUGGCUGCUUACCAUGCCCCUGAUGAAGUGGACAAGUCUGAGCCCAAGGCAAACACUACUAACCAGGAGGUGAGCCAGAUCCUUCAAGAUGUGGGAGAUGAUGUGUACCAGCAGUACCGCUCUUUGACACGUCAGGGCAGUGACUUUGACUCUCAGACAGGCUUUGGCAUCAAUGCUCAAGUCUUUGCUGCUGAUAGUGCAGCUACUGAGACUCCCCAGUCUGGGACUCCACAAGGAGAUGCUUCCACUCCUGAAGAAUCCAGAGAAAGUAAGAAAGAUAAGGAGGGUGACAAAGCAGCUGAAGAAAACAAGCAGAAGGCCAAGGGAAGCAAGCCACUCAUGCCCACUUCCACCAUCUUGCGACUGCUUGCUGAGCUUGUACGUUCAUAUGUUGGCAUUGCCACCUUAAUUGCCAACUAUAACUACACUGUGGGUCAAUCUGAGCUCAUCAAAGAGGAUUGUAGCGUGUUGGCCUUUGUUCUGGACCAUCUGCUACCUCAUACCCAGAAUGCAGAAGACAAAGACACACCAGCCCUAGCUCGGCUUUUUCUAGCCAGUUUGGCUGCAGCGGGUAGUGGCACAGAUGCACAGGUGGCUCUGGUGAAUGAGGUGAAGGCAGCCUUGGGCCGGGCACUGGCUAUGGCAGAGAGCACUGAAAAACAUGCCAGGCUUCAGGCAGUCAUGUGCAUCAUCAGCACCAUUAUGGAAUCGUGCCCAUCCACCUCCAGCUUCUAUAGCAGUGCCACAGCCAAGACACAGCAUAAUGGCAUGAACAACAUCAUCCGCCUUUUCCUGAAGAAGGGACUAGUCAAUGACUUGGCUAGAGUGCCUCACAGCCUUGAUCUAUCCAGUCCUAACAUGGCCAACACAGUGAAUGCAGCCUUGAAACCUCUGGAGACUUUGUCACGCAUUGUGAAUCAGCCUAGCAGCCUCUUUGGUAGCAAGAGUGCUUCAAACAAGAGUAAGGCAGAACAGGAUGCUCAGGGAGCAACACGAGAUGCCAGUAGUGGUCAACAGGAUGCAGGAGAGAGGGGAGAAGCAGAGGCUCCUGAGGAAGAUCAUGAUGUUGCCCAAGCAGAAGUUGCUGAUGGCGACAUAAUGGAUGGUGAAGCAGAGAGUGAUGCUGUUGUGAUUGCUGGGCAGCCAGAGGUGCUGAGCACACAAGAGAUGCAGGUGGAAAAUGAGCUGGAGGACCUGAUAGAUGAGUUACUGGAGCAGGACGGUGGCUCAGGCAACAGCACUAUUAUAGUGGGCCGAAGUGGAGAGGAUGAGUCUCAGGAGGAUGUUCUGAUGGAUGAGGCACCGUCCAAUCUGAGCCAGGCUUCCACACUACAGGCCAACAGGGAAGAUUCUAUGAAUAUACUGGAUCCUGAGGAUGAAGAAGAACACACCCAGGAGGAAGACAGCAGUGGCAGCAAUGAAGAUGAAGAUGACAGUCAAGAUGAAGAGGAAGAAGAAGAAGAGGAAGAUGAAGAUGAUCAGGAUGAUGAAGAAGGUGAGGAGGGUGAAGAGGAAGAAGAUGACGAUGAUGGCUCUGAGAUGGAGUUAGAUGAAGACUAUCCUGAUAUGAAUGCCUCCCCACUGGUGCGUUUUGAACGCUUUGACCGUGAAGAUGACCUCAUCAUAGAGUUUGACAACAUGUUCUCCAGUGCCACGGAUAUUCCGCCAUCGCCUGGCAAUAUUCCUGCCACUCACCCACUCAUGGUACGUCAUGCAGACCAUAGCUCCUUGACCUUGGGUAGUGGUUCCUCAACCACACGCUUGGCGCAAGGCAUUGGCCGAAGCCAGAGGACACUACGGCAAUUGACAGCUAACACUGGCCAUACCAUCCAUGUGCAUUAUCCUGGGACCCGGCAGCCCAACCCACCACUCAUCCUACAGAGGUUGCUGGGCCCUUCUGCAGCUGCUGACAUCCUUCAGCUAAGCAGCAGCCUCCCUCUGCAGAGCCGAGGUCGAGCUCGCCUCCUAGUAGGCAAUGAUGAUGUGCACAUAAUUGCCCGUUCAGAUGAUGAGUUGCUGGAUGACUUCUUCCAUGAUCAGAGCACAGCUACCAGCCAGGCAGGAACCCUGUCAAGUAUCCCCACUGCUUUGACACGAUGGACAGAAGAAUGUAAAGUGCUAGAUGCAGAAAGCAUGCAUGACUGUGUUUCAGUGGUCAAGGUUCCCAUCAUCAACCACUUGGAGGCACUGAGGGAUGAGGAGCUUGAAGAGCGCAGGGAGAAAAGACGCAAGCAGCUGGCUGAGGAGGAGGCCAAAGUGACAGAUAAAGCCAAGGAUUUAGAAGACAAGGAGCAAAAUGCCCAGGGACCAGUACCACAGGCAAAUAGUUCUACUGAGCAGAACCUUCCAGAUGGUGCCGCCCAUCCUGACAGCUAUCCUGUGAUCUCAACUGCUGCCGAAGACAACUCACCUGGCCCCAGGCAGACUCUGGUCACAUUGGAGAGCCCCCAACAGCAGCAGCAGCAGCAACAGGCGACAGGGGCAAGCGAGCUCCCUUCGGAGCUGGUGGGGCAGUCCAGUGCUCAGUCUUCUGGCCAGCUGCUGAUGCCAGUGGAGCAGGAGGACUCGGGCCCUGGGAGGCCAAGCACAGAUGCUGAGGCCACACAGAUGGAGCUUUCACCUGCCCCCACCAUCACUUCACUCUCUCCUGAGAGGGCUGAAGACUCUGAUGCCUUAACCGCAGUCAGCAGCCAACUAGAGGGGUCCCCCAUGGAUACCAGCAGCCUGGCCUCUUGCAACCUUGAGGAGAGUGUUGCAGAGAGUGGUGGGGCUAGCAGCGGGGAGCAGACAGGUGCAGGCACUGUCGUGGCAACAGCUGAUGUGGCCCAGCAAGGGUCCAGUGCCCCAGCCAUUAGAGAGGCCCAGCCUGAUGCUGGCCAACAAGUGGAUGAUGGCUCUCCACCUGCCUCAUCCUCUGAGAGCUCCUCCACAAGGGAUUCAGCUGUGGCCAUUUCUGGGGCUGACUCCCGGGGCAUACUGGAAGAACCACUUCCCUCUACCAGCAGUGAAGAGGAGGACCCCUUGGCAGGGAUAAAUCUCCCUGAAGGUGUUGACCCAUCUUUUUUGGCUGCUUUGCCUGAUGAUAUUCGGCGGGAGGUGUUGCAGAACCAGUUGGGUAUCCGGCCUCCUGCUCGUGUUGCACCUCCUACCACUGCUGCGACCCCAGCACCACCUGUGGUGGGCAACCCCAGUGUGACAGAAGUCAGCCCUGAAUUCUUGGCUGCACUGCCCCCAGCUAUCCAGGAGGAGGUGCUGGCUCAGCAGCGAGCAGAACAGCAGCGUCGCGAGCUGGCACAGAGCACAAGCUCAGACACACCCAUGGACCCAGUGACUUUUAUUCAAACAUUGCCAUCCGACCUGCGACGCAGUGUACUAGAAGACAUGGAGGACAGUGUAUUGGCAGUCAUGCCUCCUGAUAUUGCUGCUGAGGCACAGGCUCUGCGGAGGGAACAGGAAGCCCGUCAGCGGCAGCUCAUGCAUGAGCGUCUCUUUGGCCACUCCAGUACCUCUGCCUUGUCAGCCAUUUUGCGAAGCCCAGCCUUCACAAGCCGACUGAGUGGAAACAGAGGUGUCCAGUAUACGCGCUUGGCAGUACAAAGAGGAGGUACCUUCCAGAUGGGUGGUAGCAGCAGCCACAGCAGACCUUCAGGCAGCAACGUAGACAGUCUGCUGCGUCUCCGUGGGCGCCUUCUGUUGGACCAUGAGGCCUUGUCCUGCUUGCUGGUGCUUCUCUUUGUGGAUGAGCCAAAACUGAACACAAGCCGGCUGCAUCGGGUGCUGCGGAACCUGUGCUACCAUGCACAGACACGCAGUUGGGUGAUUCGGAGCCUUCUAUCCAUCCUGCAGCGCAGUAGCGAGAGUGAACUGUGUGUUGAGACUCCUAAGGGAGCUGCUGCACCAGAUGACAAAGGCAAAAGAGUAGCCAAGGCAUGUGCCCCAGACAGCCGGCCACUUGACCUUUUGCACAAGAUGGAAUCCAAAAGCUCAGGACAGCUUUCUUGGCUCUCUGUGUCUAUGGAUGCUGCUCUUGGUUGCAGAACCAACAUCUUCCAGAUCCAACGAGCAGGAGGACGUAAGCACACGGAGAAGCACGCUGCCGCCGGUUCCACUGUUCAUAUACACCCACAGGCUGCUCCUGUGGUCUGCCGCCACGUACUUGACACACUCAUCCAACUUGCCAAGGUUUUCCCUAGCCAUUUCACACAGCAGCGGACCAAAGAGACCAACUGUGAAAGUGAACGAGAACGUGGAACAAAACUGUCGGGCAGUCCUUGUCCGGGUCAGACAGGCAAUAGCGGCAUCUCAACUGACUUCUGGGAUUUAUUAGUCAAACUAGAUAACAUGAACGUAAGCCGCAAAGGCAAGAACUCGAUCAAAUCUGUGCCUGUGAGCACUGGCUCUGAGGGGGAGAGCUCCCCUUAUAGCCUGGAAGCCUCUCCUCUAGGUCAGCUAAUGAACAUGCUGUCCCACCCGGUAAUCAGACGGAGCUCACUGCUGACAGAGAAGUUGCUGCGUCUGCUGUCUCUCAUCUCCAUUGCUCUGCCUGAGAACAAGACAACGGCUGAGGGAGCAGCCAAUCAUGCUGCUAUUGCUGCUGCCGCCGCCGCCGCCGCUGCUACUGCUGCAACCACCACCCCAGCGCCUGCACCUGCCCCUGCACUGGCUGCUGCAGCGGCUGUAGCUGCUGCAACUGCAGCUGCAACUGCUGCUUCAAUAGCCACCUCCGUAACUGCCACGACUACUGUCCCCACCACUGUGUCCACUAUAGGAAAAAACAGCAAAUCACCGGCCAAGGUGAGCGAAGGGGGAGGCGGAGGUGGGACUGACAGCAAAAUGGCAGCCUCGGGCCUAACAGAAAACCAGCUACAGCUGUCUGUGGAGGUGCUGACUUCUCACUCCUGCUCUGAAGAAGGCCUGGAAGAUGCUGCCAAUGUCCUCUUGCAGCUAUCACGAGGUGACCCAGCCACACGUGACACUGUGCUCAAGCUCCUGCUUAAUGGAGCCCGGCAGCUGGGGUAUACACUCUGCAAACAGAUAGGCACACUCUUGGCAGAAUUACGAGAAUACAACUUGGAUCAGCAGCGUCGGGCCCAGUGUGAAUCCCUUUCACCUGAUGGACUGCCUGAGGAGCAGCCUCAGACCACCAAAUUGAAAGGCAAGAUGCAAAGCAGGUUUGAUAUAGCAGAGAAUGUGGUGAUUGUAGCCUCACAGAAGCGCCCUCUGGGUGGUCGGGAGCUCCAGUUACCCUCCAUGUCUAUGCUGACUUCGAAGACCUCUACACAGAAGUUCUUCUUGAGGGUGCUGCAGGUCAUAAUUCAGCUGCGGGAUGACACACGCCGUGCCAACAAAAAGGCAAAACAGACAGGCAGGCUAGGUACUUCCGGUCUGGGCUCAGUUAGCAGCAUCCAGGCCGCUGUUCGGCAGCUGGAGGCUGAGGCUGACGCCAUUAUACAAAUGGUACGUGAGGGUCAGAGGGCCCGGAGGCAGCAGCAAGCAACAACGUCGGAGUCCAACCAGGCAGAGGGCUCUGUGCGAAGAGAUGAAUCUCCUAUGGAUGUGGAUCAGCCAUCACCAAACACCCAAGACACCCAAUCAGUUGUAUCAGAAGGGUCCCAGCAGGGUGAGAAGGAGAAAGAGGAGCGCCCUCCUGAUUUGCCUUUGCUCAGUGAGCAGCUCAGUCUGGAUGAAUUGUGGGACAUGCUAGGAGAGUGUCUGAAGGAACUGGAAGAGUCCCAUGACCAGCAUGCUGUGCUUGUGCUGCAGCCAGCAGUGGAAGCCUUCUUCCUGGUGCAUGCCACAGAGCGGGAAAGCAAGCCACCAGUGCGGGACACCCGGGAAAGCCAACUAGCUCACAUUAAGGAUGAACCUCCACCUCUUUCACCUGCCCCUCUGACGCCUGCAACACCCUCUUCCCUUGACCCCUUUUUCUCCCGUGAGCCUUCAUCCAUGCACAUCUCCUCCAGCCUCCCCCCAGACACUCAGAAGUUCCUCCGCUUUGCAGAGACACACCGCACUGUGCUGAACCAGAUCUUGCGUCAGUCUACCACCCACCUGGCUGAUGGUCCCUUUGCUGUCCUCGUUGAUUACAUUCGUGUGCUGGACUUUGAUGUUAAACGAAAGUACUUCCGGCAAGAAUUGGAAAGACUGGAUGAAGGGCUGAGGAAAGAAGACAUGGCUGUACAUGUGCGUCGGGAUCAUGUCUUUGAAGACUCUUACCGGGAAUUGCAUCGCAAGUCACCUGAAGAAAUGAAAAACAGAUUAUAUAUAGUGUUUGAAGGGGAAGAAGGCCAGGACGCUGGUGGUCUACUGCGUGAGUGGUACAUGAUCAUCUCCCGGGAGAUGUUCAACCCCAUGUAUGCACUCUUCCGCACGUCACCUGGUGAUCGAGUCACCUACACCAUCAAUCCUUCCUCUCACUGUAACCCCAACCACCUCAGCUACUUCAAAUUUGUUGGGCGCAUUGUGGCUAAGGCAGUGUAUGACAACCGGUUGCUAGAGUGCUACUUCACCCGCUCCUUCUACAAGCAUAUCCUGGGCAAAUCAGUCAGGUACACAGAUAUGGAGAGCGAGGAUUACCACUUCUACCAGGGACUGGUGUAUCUCCUAGAGAAUGAUGUCUCCACACUGGGCUAUGACCUCACCUUCAGCACUGAGGUUCAAGAGUUCGGUGUGUGUGAGGUACGUGACCUUAAGCCCAAUGGAGCCAACAUCCUUGUGACUGAGGAGAACAAGAAGGAAUAUGUGCACCUGGUGUGUCAGAUGAGAAUGACAGGAGCAAUCCGCAAGCAGCUGGCUGCCUUCCUGGAGGGCUUCUAUGAGAUCAUCCCCAAGCGCCUCAUCUCCAUCUUCACAGAGCAGGAGCUGGAGCUGCUGAUCUCAGGCCUACCCACCAUUGACAUAGAUGACCUGAAAUCCAACACAGAGUAUCACAAGUAUCAGGCAAACUCAAUCCAGAUCCAGUGGUUCUGGCGAGCAUUGCGUUCUUUUGAUCAGGCAGACAGAGCGAAGUUCCUGCAGUUUGUCACAGGCACAUCCAAAGUGCCCUUGCAGGGCUUUGCUGCCCUGGAGGGCAUGAACGGUAUCCAGAAAUUCCAGAUCCACAGAGAUGACCGCUCAACAGACAGACUGCCUUCUGCUCACACGUGUUUCAACCAGCUGGACCUCCCUGCCUAUGAGAGCUAUGAGAAAUUGCGUCACAUGCUGCUACUGGCCAUCCAGGAGUGCUCGGAGGGCUUUGGCCUGGCAUAAGGGUGGUUCCAGCUGCCAUAUUUUUCUACUGUCAGACUUGGGGAGCAACGGGCGGGAGUGGAACCGAGCGAUGCUCCUCCCCUUUUCCAACCACCUGUGUGUGUGUGCGUGCCCUGCUGCCCCCUUACUGAAGAGAGCCAGAGACCCCCAGCCAAUCAGCCAUCUUCGGAGGCGGGGCCAGGGUGCAACCCGGAGAGAAAAAGACAAAUUAUAUAUAUAAAUAUAUAUAUAUUUUUUGGUUUAGUUUGCAUUUCUUAAUUUGUGCUUGGAAUGUGUUGAUGAGGCGGCGGGAGGGAGCGUUUGGAUUCUUUUGUUGGUCUCUUUCCUUAGCACCCAUUUGCUGCUGGAAAGGAACCUAAGGUUUAAAAAAAUUCCAAAAAAGGAAAAAAAAUUAAAAAAUAAAAGCGCACUCUUGAUAAGAA